CUUUGAACUGUAAAAAAAGGUGUUAUAUAAUUGAUAAAUAUAGUUGAAUAAUAAAAUUUGACUAUACUUCGUAACAGAAAUUGUAUUCAUAUGCCGGACAAUACCUAUUCCAAUUGCCGGUGUUCACGAUGUGAUUUGUAUAAUGUACAAAUAACGUUUUUUUAAUCAAAAAAAGUAGAUUUUAUAUUCACAAUUUCUAAAAGUCAUGUUUUUUUUGUAAAACUGACGAACUGGUUGUACUGUGCAUAUAUAGAUGUUAUGACAUUAACGUAUGAUAAACGUGAAAGAUUCAUAUGAUUUGGAAUACUUCAUAUGAGAAAACACAAGAAAUAACGCAUAAUGAACCAUAUACAAAAUAGUAAUUUAAUUGCUGCUGCCAUCGGUGUGACCGUUGGUGUUAUAAGUGCAGCUGGUAUUUUUAUUUAUCAUAAAAUUUUGGAAAACCAACAGCAUACCAGUACAGUUGGUAAUUUAGAUGCUGCUAAUAAAAAGAUUGUUGAAUUGCAAAAAGAGUUGGAAGCAUUAAGGUUACAGCAAAGUCAACAAAAGAAGAAACGAAAAAUUUCACGAAAAUUUACCUCAAAUGACAGCACUUAUACAGUAACAGAUAAUGACACAGAUAUCGAUGCCUUUUCCACAGCAGACACAGAUAUUGGUGAUGAUGAAUUCUAUGACUGCUCUGAUAGCGAAAGUGUUAUUGGUGAUAAUGAUAUGAGGAUCUCAGAAGAACUGAACCAGCUGGAUGUAAUUCUGAAGGAGAUCGACGAAGAUGUGAGUGAACAGUUUAAUAUCAAUGUAUACUAUAAGCUACAGACACUGGUAAAAUCUCAUGAAGAUAAUGUAGAAGUAGUAUGGAGAUUCGCGAGAGCUUGUUACGAUCAUGCAGAGGCCGUAAACGAUACAAAUAUUAGAAGAACACUACUCCUUGAAGGAAUUGAACACUGUGAGAAAGUUAUUGAAGUUCAAAAUCCUCAUUUAUUCAAGUGGUAUGCUAUACUUGUAGGAUUAAAUGGAGAUUAUUUAUCAACAGCUGAAAAGAUAAAGAAUGGUGUUCGGUUUAAAAAUUAUGUAGAAAUGGCCUUAGACAUGCGGCCGAAUGAUUCUGAAUUGCAUUAUCUUUUAGGAAGAUUUAAAUACGAAAUAGCCAAUUUAAGUUGGCUUGAGAAAAAGGUAGCGGCAACAUUAUUUUCCGAAGUUCCAAGUGCUUCUUAUGAAGAGGCAAUUGAUCGUUUUGAAACGGCAGCAAAGCUUGGACAUAAAACCCCACAAUCGCAAUUAUAUAUUAGCAAGUGUUAUAUUGCAUUAAAGCAAUAUUCACGUGCAGUUGAUUGUUUAAAAGAAAUUUUAGAUCAACCCUCAUUAAUAACUGAGGAUGAAAAAGUACACGCUGAAGCGAGUAAACUUUAUAACAAAUAUUUUGGAUAUUGUUCAUAGCAACAAAAAAUGUAUCUGUACAUCCCAUUUGCAUUUAGUAGUCGUGCUACCCUUUCUAUCUUUCUCGCAUACGCGCGCACGUACACGAAAAAAGAAAUAACAAAAUAUAGCCUAUUCUAAACAGUAACAUUAAAUAGCUUGUAACAAAUGAUUAUAUGAAACACAAGUACUAUAAAACUUUGGAAAA